AUGGAUGACCUUUAUGACGAGUUCGGUAACUACAUCGGCGAGGCCGAGUCCGAUGAGGAACAAAAUGAACAGGUUCCCCAGGCUUUCAAGUUCGAUGAAGCUUCCGAUUAUGAUGAGGAGGAGGAAGAGGUUGUCAAUGAUCAACAAUUAAUGGAAAUUGAUGAAGGACCCUCCAACGCCGUCAUCCUCCACGAAGACAAGCAAUACUACCCCAGCGCUCAACAGGUGUACGGUGCCGAUGUCGAGACUUUGGUUCAGGAAGAAGAUGCGCAGCCUUUGUCCGAGCCCAUUAUCGCUCCUGUUCAACAGAAGAAAUUUGCGCUUGCGGAGACAGAGCUCCCACCCGUCUAUUUUUCUCGAGAGUUUAUGUCUGAUUUGCUCAAUUUCCCCGAGCAGAUUCGAAACAUCGCUAUUGUCGGUCAUUUACAUCAUGGAAAGACUGCAUUCAUGGAUAUGUUGGUUAAGCAGACCCAUGACUUGACAGAGAGGUUGGAGAAGCGGAUAGGCAAGCGCAAGGAGGAGCAGCUGCGAUACACCGAUAUUCAUUUCCUGGAACGAGAGCGAGGACUCUCAAUUAAGGCGGCACCAAUGAGCUUGGUUCUUCCCGGUACUAAGGGCAAGUCCCAUCUUCUCAACAUUAUCGAUACCCCCGGACACGUGAACUUUGUGGAUGAAGUUGCUGCUUCUAUCCGCCUGGCAGAUGGUGUUGUCCUGGUUGUCGAUGUUGUGGAGGGUGUUCAGGCCAAUGCUGAGCAAAUCAUCAAGCAUGCUGUUCUGGAGGACCUCCCGUUGACUUUGGUCGUCAAUAAAAUGGAUCGUCUCAUUCUGGAGCUCAAGCUGCCACCCACCGAUGCCUACUUCAAGUUGAAACAUGUGGUCGAGGAGGUUAAUACAGUUAUUGAGAAUGUUCUUCCUGGUCAAGGUGAGAAGCGACGUUUGAGCCCCGAAAAGGGCAAUGUUGCUUUUGCAUCUAGCUCAAUGAACUGGUGCUUUACUCUCCAGUCAUUCGCCCGCAUGUAUGCCGACACAUACCCACGACUUGACUCCACCGAGUUUGCUGCUCGACUCUGGGGAGACAUUUUCUAUAACCCCACUAGUCGGAAGUUUACUCGCAAGGGUAUUGAAGAGAAGGCCAUGCGCUCUUUUGUCAAGUUCGUUUUGGAGCCAAUUUACAAGCUUUACUCUCACACCAUCAGUGAAAGCCCCGAAGAUCUCAAGCAAACUCUCGCUAGUGUGGGUGUCAACCUGAAGCCAUCACAAUUGAAGACCGAUGCGAAGGAGCUGCUGAACCUGGUUUGCGAGCAAUUCUUUGGUCCUCCUUCUGGCUUUGUUGACAUGGCUGUGCAACAUGUUCCUUCUCCGGUCGAUGGAGCCCAAAGAAUGUUGGAGCGAUACUACACAGGUCCAUUGGACUCGAAGAUUGCGUCCUCAGUAGCAGCCUGUGAUCAAGAUGGACCUCUGGUUGUUCAUGUCACCAAGCUCUUCAGCACCACCGAUGCCACAGGAUUUUCUUCUUUUGGAAGGAUCUUGAGUGGUAUUGCCCGACCUGGUCAACAAGUUCGUGUUCUUGGUGAGGGCUACGCCCCUGAAGAUGAAGAAGAUAUGGUCAUCGCGACCAUUUCGGAGACCGCGAUUGCAGAAACCGCCUAUAGCAUCUCAACAGACGGCGUCCCCGCCGGUAACUGGGUUCUUCUCGGUGGUGUUGAUAACUCUAUUGUGAAAACAGCAACCCUCGUUCCUCUUAAGUUGGAAGAUGAUGAAGAAGUCCACAUUUUCCGCCCCAUCCGUCAUAUGACCGAGUCAGUAUUCAAGGUUGCAGUGGAGCCAGUCAACCCGUCAGAGUUGCCCAAGAUGCUGGAUGGUCUGCGCAAGAUCAACAAGAGCUACCCCUUGAUUUCUACCAAGGUGGAAGAGUCUGGUGAACACGUUGUCUUAGGUACAGGAGAGUUAUAUAUGGACUGUGUUCUUCAUGAUCUUCGCCGACUGUACUCAGAAAUGGAGAUUAAGGUCUCCGACCCAGUUACCCGUUUCUGUGAGACAGUCGUGGAAACAUCUGCGAUGAUGUGUUACUCGAUUACUCCUAACAAGAAGAACAAGAUCACCAUGAUUGCAGAGCCCUUGGACGAGGGCAUUGCUGAGGAUAUUGAAAGCGGCAGGGUCAAUAUCAAGGAUCCCAUUCGCAAGGUGGCUCGUUAUUUCGAGGACAACUAUGACUGGGAUAAGCUGGCAGCUCGCAGCAUUUGGGCUUUUGGUCCUGAGGAGAUGGGUCCUAAUAUUCUCCAAGAUGAUACACUCCCUUCGCAAGUGGAUAAGAAGCUCCUGGGAACCGUCCGUGACUCCAUCACCCAGGGUUUCAGCUGGGGUACCCGAGAAGGUCCCCUUUGUGAAGAACCUAUCCGUAACACCAAAUUUAAGCUUACAGACGUUUCUCUGGCCGACCAAGCCAUCUACCGUGGUGGUGGUCAAAUCAUUCCCACUGCUCGUCGAGCAGUCUACUCAUCUUUCUUAAUGGCUUCCCCACGACUAAUGGAGCCAAUUUACUCGUGCACAAUGACCGGUCCAGCAGACGCGGUGGCUUCAGUGUACACAGUCCUAUCACGCCGACGUGGUCACGUUUUGUCCGACGGUCCUAUUGCCGGAACUCCUCUUUACUCCGUACGGGGUCUGAUCCCUGUGAUUGACUCCUUUGGUUUUGAGACGGAUCUUCGCAUUCAUACUCAAGGCCAAGCCAUGGUCAAUCUGGCAUUCGAGAAGUGGAGCGUGGUGCCUGGUGAUCCGCUCGACCGUGAUGUUCAACUGAAGCCACUGGAGAUGGCGGGAGCUAUGGCUACCGCUCGAGACUUUGUUCUGAAGACAAGACGUCGCAAGGGAUUGGCGGAAGAUGUGACGGUCAGUAAAUUCCUGGAGCCAGAGCUUUGGAAGGGACUGAAAGAGAGUGGUGUUUUGGAUUCAUGA